GGUGUUGGAUUCAUAGGUCGACAUAUGAUAGAUUAUCUUGUUCAAAAUGAAUUAGCCAACAAGAUCAUAGCCGUUGAUAAGGUUAUACCAGAAAUGGCUUGGUUGUGUCCCAGGCACAGAAAGUCCUUUGAAAAUGUUGAAUUCAUGCAAGCUGAUCUUAUAAAAAUUCAAUCAGUCUCAAACGUUUUUGAAUGUUACAAGGAGGUAGAUUUCGAUUAUGUCAUCAACUGCGCCGGCGAAACAAAACCAAAUCAAUCACUGAAAGUAGUUUAUGAAGACGGCAUAUACACGUUAAGUAUGAACUGCGCUAAAGAAUCCGCUAAACGCAACAUCAAACGUUAUAUCGAGUUGUCAACUGCUCAACUUAUUUCUUACGAAAAAUCACUUGCAGAUGCCUGCACAUCUGAUUACGUUGACCCAUCGACUCAAGUCAUUCUCCAGAAAUAUAAAGUGGAGAAAGAACUGCCUGCAAUAAGUGGAUUGAAGCACGUCAUUAUCAGGAGUGCAGUUGUUUACGGGGAUGGUGAUCUACAUGGCCUCAUGCCAUUCUUGAUUUUGGCUGGUGUCAGCAAACAGCUUAAAGCAAGCAUGCAGAUGCUAUGGACGCGGGACUACAAAUACAGCACGGUGCACGUUGAAGACCUUGUACAUGCAAUAUACCACCUCUGUAUCAAUGACACUGACAAAAAUAUUUACUAUUUGGCUGAUAAAUCUAACACUACCCAAGGUUUAAUCUCAGAUGCAAUAAGUAGCAUGUUUGGCAUAGAGUGCAGUUAUCUUGGAACCAUUACAAGCAAUAUUGCCAAGUUAAACAUAGAAGAAGUUGUCGGUGAGCUAACAGAGAAACACUUGCCACCGUGGACCAGUGCAUGCAUAAAAGAUGGCAUAUACAGCACUCCAUUGUUCCCUCACGUUAAUGAAGAGUUGUUUGGUAACAAGCAAUGCAACAUUGAUGGAUCGUUGAUCGAGCAAACUGGCUUCACUUACAAGCGACCGUACAUUGACAAGCAAGCCAUUCAAAAACUGCUCGAUUACUACAUUGAUAUGCAUCUUUACCCACCGUCGCUGCUGUCUUAA